AUGAACCCUGUCGACAGUGUCGUCGUCCUUCUGCUUACUAUUCUAGCUAUUACUGCUAUACCAGUCGAAAAACGACAAGCUGGUGAUAAUUCAUAUGGUGACGAACCUAAUCUACCUAUUUCACAAUCACCGUAUAUUGGUGUCGAGGCUACCACUAUCAUCACUGUACCAGAGGAAGAAGCACAACCCGUGGUGAACCCGCUUCCUUCCGGUCCAUCUCCUGUCGUCGAUUCAGGCUACAGAGCAAAGCGGCAAGCUGGUGACAAUGCAUACGGUGACGAACCAGUAGUACCAUCUCAAGGGCCAUAUGCUGAAAGUGAUAUGACCACGGUGGCCUUGAUUCCUGAAGAAGAGGCUCCUGCGGUUUCUAUGCCUGCACCUGAAGGA